CGGCACAAAGCUCUCAUGGUGCUCUGGGUGGUUCUCCUCUGCACCUUGGUGUCAUCACUGCUCGGUGGGCUCUAUGUCCUGGGCGUCUUUCGGAGACAGAGACCCAAUGAGCCACCCCUGGACAAAGGUACCAUUCCCUGGCUGGGCCAUCUGCUGGAAUUCAGAAAGGACAGCUCAGAGUUUCUCAAAAGGAUGCAGAGCAAACACGGGGAUGUUUUCACGGUGCUGAUCGGUGGUUAUUACUUCACCUUUGUGAUGGAUCCCUUCUCCUUUGGCACCAUUGUGAAGGAAUCACGAUCUAAACUGGACUUUAGGACUAGUGCCACUCAGCUGGUCGUGCGGGUUUUUGGCUACAAACCCAUCGAAGCCACUCAUAGCAUAGUUCAUACAUCAAGCAUAAAGCACCUGAUGGGAGAUGGCCUCACUGUCCUCACACAAGCCACCAUGGAGAGCUUUCGGAAGCUGCUGCUUUUCAACCUGAGCUCAGGAGAGAAGAGAGUGUGGCAGGAGGAAAACCUCUUCCACUACUGCUACAACAUUGUCUUCAGAGCUGGGUAUCUGGCUCUGUAUGGCACUGAGCCACCCCGAGGGGCAGGGAGCCAGGAGAAAGCUGAAGAGCAGGAUCGCCUCCACUCCAACCAGCUCUUCCAGGAGUUCCGUAAGUACGACCGCCUCUUCCCUCGCCUGGCCUAUGCUCUGCUGCCUCCCAAGGACAAAAGAGAGGCUGAGAGGCUGAAGAGACACUUCUGGAACGUGCUGUCUGUGAAGAAUGUCUGGCAGAAGGACAAUAUCAGUGGCUGGAUAAGUGAUCAAGAGAAACUUCUGGCAGAAAACGGUGUCCCCGAGUACAUGCGGGAGCGUUUCAUGUUCAUGCUCCUCUGGGCAUCCCAAGGCAACACGGGCCCGACUGCCUUCUGGCUCCUCUUGUAUCUGCUGAAGCAUCCAGAGGCUCUGAAGGCUGUGAGAGGUGAGGUGGAUAAAGUUUUGAAGGAGAGUGGGCAGGAAGUGAAGGCAGGGAGCCCCCCAGUUACUGUCACCAGGGACAUGCUGAACCAGACCCCUCUGCUGGACAGUGCUCUGGAGGAGACCCUGAGGCUGGUGGCAGCCCCAAUACUGGUCAGAGCUGUGCUCGAGGACACCUCCCUGAGGACAAGCACUGGGACAGAGCUCACCCUCCGCAGGGGGGACAGGGUGGCUCUGUUCCCAUACAUCUCCGUGCAGAUGAACCCAGAAAUCCACAAGGAGCCUCACAAAUUUAAGUAUGACCGUUUUGUACACCCAGACGGCACCAGGAAAGAUUUCUACAGAAACGGGAAAAAGCUAAAAUUUGUCAGCAUGCCUUGGGGGGCAGGAGUUUCCACCUGUCCCGGCCGCUUCUUUGCUACUGCUGAAAUGAAAUUGUUUGUGUUCUUGAUGCUGAGUCACUUUGACCUGGAGCUGGUUGAUGGGGAGGAGGAGAUCCCAGCCAUAGACAUCAGCCGCUGGGGCUUCGGGACCAUGCAGCCUGUCCGCGACGUUCGCUUCAGACACCGGCCACGCUGCUGACCUGGGCACUCCUGGUGGUGUUUGUUCUGCUGUCACCUAUGGGACAAAUUGUCUGAUCUCAUGGUUAUCAGAUCUGUGCAGUGCCAACACUGAUAUGGUCUUGUUUGCUUAAUGUUUGUCAUGGCUUUUGUUGCUACCUCCUCCUCCUCCUUCUUGUGUUGGUGGAGGAGGAGGUAGCAACUGCUUGUUGUGUUGUUUAUGGGACAGAAGAGGGUGAUCUGCUGCUUGUUGUGUUGGUUUUGGGAUAGAAGAGGGUAAUCUGCACAGAGAGACAAAA